AUGAAUAAAAAUUCAAUAUGCAUCGUGUGUGCAUUAAUUAGCGUUCUGUCAUUGGCCAUAUUGUCACUUGAGCAGCUGGUUGCUGUCGGCUCUCAUUUUUUUUCUGUCUCCUAUUUCUUUUCUAUCUUUCUUCUAUUUACUUACAUAUUCUUUUCUUUUUCUUACACAUUUUUCUUUUCCUUUUUUUCUUUUUUUACUUACGUUUUCUUCUUUUCUUUCUCCUUUUUACUUAUAUAUUCUUCUUUUCUUUUUCUUUCUUCUUUUUACUUACAUAUUCUUUUCUUUCUUCUUUUUACUUACAUAUUCUUUUCUUUCAUCUUUUUACUUACGUAUUCUUGUUUUCUUUUCUUUUUUUCUUUCUUCUUUUUACUUACGUAUUUUUCUUUUCUUUCUCUUUUUAGCUUAUAUAUUCUUCUUUUCUUUUUCUUUCUUCUUUUUACUUACAUAAUCUUUUCUUUCUUUUUUUUCCUUAAAUAUUCUUCUUUUCUUUCUUUUUUUUCCUUACAUAUUUUUCUUUUCUUUCUUUCUUCUUUUUACUUACAUUUUUUCUUUCUUUCUUUUCCCUUUCUUUAUUAUUCACUCUUCUUCCUCCAUCUUCCAAUGAUCGUUUACUAUUUUGCAUCAUUUGAUUUUCUCUCUGUUUUACCAUUUCUUCGUUUUUAUUCUCUGAAAACUUUCUUUUUCACCCUGUUUUCCUUUCCUGUUUUUAUUUCUUUCUAUUCUUUCCUUAUUUCUCUGUUUCUUUCAUAA